AACACACGCGCCCUCAAUAGUACAAGGACCCAUAGGAGGGUGAAAAAAACGACCUGAAAUUUCAAUGUGAAACUUAGGCCAAUAGAACUGGAAUUAUCAACAAAAGUUGCAUUCGGACUCCGGAAUCUUGGAGUUUACCGACUAUCGCUGAGGAGUGAAGUUGACGCCUGAGCCGACAUGAAGAGAAGAACCGACACAGCUCCUUUACAGGCUACUAAGAGGCAUUGUGAUGACAGCAGCUCUGAUGAAGAGUUAAGAUUGUCCAGACAAGGGAGACCGCCUUUCCUUGAGUCCAGCCAAAAUGACACUCUUAGCGACAAGGAGGAACCCCGAGCCGGAUUCUCCACGCCUUCCGUAUCUGUCGAAACCCAGGACCCAGACUCCCCCGCGCAGAGUACCACAUUCUCCAUGUACAACAGUGCGUCAAAGAACAUGAUGGCCAAGAUGGGCUUCCGUGUGGGCGAGGGUCUUGGGAAGUUUGGUCAGGGUCGCAAAGAGAUAGUGGAGGCGUCAACCCAGAGAGGACGACGAGGUCUCGGCCUCAUGCUGCAGGGUUUUCAGGGGGAGCUCAAUGUGGACUGGCGAGAUGAACCUGAGCCCAGUGCCACAGAAAAGGUCGACUGGUUCCCAGAAUGCACUACUGAAAUUCCAGAUGCAGAUGAAUUGAGGGACUGGAUGACAGUGGGACCAAGCAAAAUGAAGAUUGAGGAUGAAAUUGAGUUUUGCACUGAAGACCUCCUGCACACUCUUCUAAGGUACAAGACAGUGUUUGACGACCUGGAGGGUGAGGAGAUGAGGAGAGCACGCACUCGUUCGAACCCCUAUGAAACAAUCCGAGGGGGCAUCUUCCUCAACAGAGCAGCUAUGAAAAUGGCCAACAUUGACCACUGCUUCGACCACAUGUUCACCAACCCAAAGGAUUCAGAAGGGGAGGCUCUGAUCAAGAAUCACGAGAACAAGCUUUUGUACUUCGGGGACGUGUGCGCAGGGCCCGGCGGCUUUUCUGAGUACAUCCUGUGGAGGAGACGCUGGCACGCCAAAGGCUUCGGCAUGACGUUGAGAGGACCCUGUGACUUCAAACUGGAGGAUUUCUUUGCUGCCCCCAGCGAGCUGUUUGAGCCCUACUAUGGUGAAGGAGGCGUUCACGGUGACGGUGACAUCACACGGCCAGAAAACGUGACGGCCUUCAGAAACUUUGUGCUGGACAGCACUGAGGGAAGAGGGCUACACUUCCUCAUGGCGGACGGGGGUUUCAGCGUGGAAGGCCAGGAGAACCUUCAGGAGAUCUUGAGCAAACAGCUGCUGCUCUGCCAGUUCCUCACAGCUCUCUCCACACUCAGGACAGGUGGACAUUUUGUCUGCAAGACCUUUGACCUCUUCACCCCCUUCAGCGUGGGUUUGGUCUACUUGCUGUACCUCUGCUUUGACCGGAUCUCGCUCUUCAAACCUGUGACCAGUCGGCCUGCCAACUCGGAGAGGUAUGUGGUAUGCCGAUGUCUAAAACCUGGCUCAGACGCCGUCAGGGAGUACAUGUUCAAAGUCAACCAGAAACUCAAGCAGCUGAGGAACACCGACAUGGAUGUGAUGGACGUGGUUCCCCUGAGCAUCAUCAAGGAGGAUACAGACUUCUACCACUUCAUGGUCAACUCCAAUGAGAGCCUGUGUGCAGCCCAGAUCAAGGCUUUGGCCAAGAUCCACGCCUUUGUUUUGGACCCGUUGCUCACAGAGUUGAAGCAAGCUGACAUGCGCAAGGAAUGUCUCUUGCUCUGGGGGGUGCCCGACGAGGCCAGGGUCACUCCUGCUUUCUGCGACCCAGGUCUCAAAUUCUCCCAGCUGAUGAAGAAUCACUCAGCGUAUGCAGUCAAGAACAGCAUCACGCCCCUCAACUCCAGCACUCUUGAUAAGCUGUGUCAUAUCAUGGGCCACUGCUGCAUUGUGGGAGGUGGCGAGCAGCUCUUCCUUCUAGCGCUAGGGAAGUCUCAGAUUUACACAUGGGAUGGUAACAUGCCUUUACGCUGGAAGAAGCUGGAGAAUUUCAAGCUGGAGCUCCCCAGAGAUACUCUCCUGACUGUGGAGAUUGUCCAGGAGUUGAAGGGCGAGGGCAAAGCGCAGCGCCGGAUAGACGCCGUGCACGUGAUGGAUGCGAUCGUACUCAAUGGCACCGACGUCAGAGAUGAGGACUUUAAGCAUCGGAUCCAGAUGGCGGAGAAGUUUGUGAAGGCAGUGGCGAAACCCAGCAGACCCGACAUGAACCCCAUCAGAGUGAAGGAUGUGUACGGACUGGACGAAAUGGAGAAGAUCUUUGUCAGACUUGAAAUGAAAGUAACAAAGAAUUCAGGCGGAGUCCCGCGUCUAUCUUACACCGGCCGAGACGACCGACACUUCCUCCCUACUGGCCUUUACAUCAUCAAGACUAUCAAGCAUCCGUGGACGAUAGCUUACAGCAAAACCACCAAAAAGGAGUACUACUAUAACUUCAAAGACAACACAUCCCAAUAUGGCCCACCAGCCGGCGCCGCUGCCCCGUUCCACAUCUGCCAAGCCAACCGUCUCUUCUGGGAGUGGAAGGAUGGCGUCAUUGUGCACAAUUCUCAGACACGGACGGACCCGGAGAAGCUGUCCAAAGACGACGUGCUCGCCUUCAUCCAACGGAAUCGCCAGUCAUGAAUGAAAGGGGCGAAGCUCCUCCACCUGUGUGUUUGUACACAUUGAGAGGACAAAGGCCUUUAAGAGAUGCUUUUUUUUACCAAUUCAUCUUUUGCAAGGCCUUGUGGGUCCCUUGAAGAGAAACAUGACAAGGUGGUAACUAGAUUUUUGGAGCUGUUUGCAAUUUAUUACCGUGACAUUUGGUGUCUAACUUGAAAACUAUCAUUUAACUUGUUUCCUGUCAGUGCUUUAAUCUGUGAGGGGCAUCUUCCACCAGUAGUUCAAUAAUGCUUGAUGGUAACUAAGGCAAAACUAUGCAUCCUAACUAUGAAAUAAUCAUAUGAAAACCAGGCAUAUAUGUAGCAGCUUUUUCCUGUUCAAGUCCUACGUUCUGGAAGUUUUUUUUUUUAUACUUUAUUCAUAGACUAUCAUCAUUUUUGCCUCACGUUACUUGAGCAUUGUGCUUAAUUUUCUUAUUUUAAUAAAGGUCUUGUAAAUGAUAGUAAACUGAAAAAUAAAGUCAGUCGGAACUCUA